AUGCCGCCGAGCGGGACCCAGGCCCCCCGGCCCUGUGAGACCCCAGCCCGGCGCCCACCGUCGGACUCCCCGGCCCGGAGGACCAAUGUCCCCGGGGCUACGGGUCUGGGGAGGAAAUGGGCUCCUCGUGGCGACACUGCGCGUGCCCUCUGGGUGCUGCGGUCUGUCCGCCCCCUCGGCGCCGGACUGAGCGGCCCGGGACUCCGGAGCAUCAGCGGCUGCAGGACCCCGGAGGCGGUUGCCGACGUGUGGUUGGCUUACCCAGAAGGAGCCCCCCCCACGACGCUGCUCACCCCAGGGCCCUCCAGUCCCCGCGUGGAAGUAAAGUUGGUCACACACAUGCUUCCUCUCAGCGCCGAGCUCUUGUCCUUCCGUGCAUCGGACAGGCAUUUAAUGGGCGCCUGCAACAUGCAGCCCAUGGCGCUGGGGAGCGACCAGGCGGCAGCCGCUAGAGCUGCCUCAGGUUCCUCAGGGGUGGGAUGGAGGAGUCCCAAGAUUCAGGGGGCUCCUCUGGCGGGUGCCUGGGGGGUUCAGGUCCAGCCGGCCGAGGGCAGAGGGGCAGGGGCAGCACAGGGGCCGUCGGAGGAGCAGGGGCGCCUUCCUGGGCCUGCGCGUCCCCUCGCUGGGCACCCUGUGAAGCGGCCCAAGCCAGCCCCGUCCCCACCCCAGCGCCGUGGCUCCCAGGGCACUGCUGCCUUAUGUGGGGCCCUGAGGCAGCCAGCGGGCUGGGGCCUCGCCCGGCAGCAAAGGGCAGAGCUGGCAGGGAACCGGCUGGGGUGUGGAGAAAGGGCAUCAGGCCGCGACAGCUCGUGCGGCCGGCCGGGCACCCCGGGCGCGGCCAGCACGGCCAAGGGCAGCCCGAACGGCGAGUGCGGGCGCGGCGAGCCGCAGUGCAGCCCCGCGGGGCCCGAGGGCCCGGCGCGGGGCCCCAAGGUGUCGUUCUCGUGCCGCGGGGCGGGCGCGGGCCCGGGGCCGGCGGACGAGGCGGGCAGCGAGGAGGCGGGCCCGGCGGGGGAGCCGCACGGCAGCCAGGCCAGCUUCAUGCAGCGCCAGUUCGGCGCGCUCCUGCAGCCCGGCGUCAACAAGUUCUCGCUGCGGAUGUUCGGCAGCCAGAAGGCGGUGGAGCGCGAGCAGGAGCGCGUCAAGUCGGCGGGGGCCUGGAUCAUCCACCCCUACAGCGACUUCAGGUUCUACUGGGACUUCACCAUGCUGCUCUUCAUGGUGGGGAACCUCAUCAUCAUCCCCGUGGGCAUCACCUUCUUCAAGGACGAGACCACGGCCCCGUGGAUCGUGUUCAACGUGGUCUCGGACACGUUCUUCCUCAUGGACCUGGUGCUGAACUUCCGCACGGGCAUCGUGAUCGAGGACAACACGGAGAUCAUCCUGGACCCCGAGAAGAUCAAGAAGAAGUACCUGCGCACGUGGUUCGUGGUGGACUUCGUGUCCUCCAUCCCCGUGGACUACAUCUUUCUCAUCGUGGAGAAGGGCAUCGACUCCGAGGUCUACAAGACGGCGCGCGCCCUGCGCAUCGUGCGCUUCACCAAGAUCCUCAGUCUGCUGCGCCUGCUGCGCCUGUCGCGCCUCAUCCGCUACAUCCACCAGUGGGAGGAGAUCUUCCACAUGACCUACGACCUGGCGAGCGCGGUCAUGCGCAUCUGCAACCUCAUCAGCAUGAUGCUGCUGCUGUGCCACUGGGACGGCUGCCUGCAGUUUCUGGUGCCGAUGCUGCAGGACUUCCCCCGCAACUGCUGGGUGUCCAUCAAUGGCAUGGUGAACCACUCGUGGAGCGAGCUCUACUCCUUCGCGCUCUUCAAGGCCAUGAGCCACAUGCUCUGCAUCGGGUACGGGCGGCAGGCGCCUGAGAGCAUGACGGACAUCUGGCUGACGAUGCUGAGCAUGAUCGUGGGCGCCACCUGCUACGCCAUGUUCAUCGGCCACGCCACGGCCCUCAUCCAGUCGCUGGACUCCUCGCGGCGCCAGUACCAGGAGAAGUACAAGCAAGUGGAGCAGUACAUGUCCUUCCACAAGCUGCCCGCCGACUUCCGCCAGAAGAUCCACGACUACUAUGAGCACCGCUACCAGGGCAAGAUGUUCGACGAGGACAGCAUCCUGGGCGAGCUGAGCGGGCCGCUGCGCGAGGAGAUCGUCAACUUCAACUGCCGGAAGCUGGUGGCCUCGAUGCCGCUGUUUGCCAACGCUGACCCCAACUUCGUCACGGCCAUGCUGACCAAGCUCAAGUUCGAGGUCUUCCAGCCGGGCGACUACAUCAUCCGCGAGGGCACCAUCGGGAAGAAGAUGUACUUCAUCCAGCACGGCGUGGUCAGCGUGCUCACUAAGGGCAACAAGGAGAUGAAGCUGUCCGACGGCUCCUACUUCGGGGAGAUCUGCCUGCUGACGCGGGGACGGCGCACGGCAAGCGUUCGGGCUGACACCUACUGCCGCCUCUACUCACUGAGCGUGGACAACUUCAAUGAGGUGCUGGAGGAGUACCCCAUGAUGCGGCGGGCCUUCGAGACGGUGGCCAUCGACCGCCUGGACCGCAUCGGCAAGAAGAACUCGAUCCUGCUGCACAAGGUGCAGCACGACCUCAGCUCGGGCGUGUUCAACAACCAGGAGAACGCCAUCAUCCAGGAGAUCGUCAAGUACGACCGCGAGAUGGUGCAGCAGGCGGAGCUGGGCCAGCGCGGGCUCUUCCCGCCGCCGCCGCCGCCGCAGGUCACCUCGGCCAUCGCCACGCUGCAGCAGGCCGUGGCCAUGAGCUUCUGCCCGCAGGUGGCGCGCCCGCUCGUGGGGCCGCUGGCGCUCGGCUCGCCGCGCCUCGUGCGCCGCGCGCCGCGCCGGCACCGGCCGGGGUCCUGGCCGCGCCUGGGCGUGGGGGAGGCGCCGGGGGUCCCCGCCGGCGUGAUGAAUGUACUGACAGCCGAGGCCGCAGCGCCCCCCGCGCCCCCCGCGCCCACUAACCCCCACGCCCCCAUUCCGCGCAAUAAACGACAGCAUUGGCGCCCAGCCUGA